AUUAGCAAGUUUCAUUUUCCUGAGAUGAUAGAAAGUGACAUUACAUCCAGGAUGUCAGGAAUCAUUAGAAAUUCAGGGCAAAAUCAUCAUCCCUUGCCACAGGAAUACAGACUCCUGGCUUCUGUCCCAUCCCAGCUGAGUGAAGAGGACCUUCCAAGUGACUUGCAGUCCUUGUCAUGGCUGACCUCAGUUGAUGUCCCUCGCUUACAGCAGAUGGCUAGUGGAAGAAUGGACUUCAGCAUCAGCUCUCAGGAUUCGAUGCUGCUGCAGACAGGUCCUGUGCCAGGCAAUUUGCAUUCAACGGGUGCUCCUGGAGCAAUGAUUGAGGUGCAAGCCAGUCUGCCACAGGGAAUUCUGGGGCUGAAUACAAUUACGUCGCACGGAGCAAAUAUGAGCCAGUACCCCGUUGGAGGGCAGCCAUCUCCUAGUUUACAGUCCCAGCAUCCGCUUUUCCCAGUUCCUCAUUCACAGCAAGUGUUUGCCAUCACACAGACUGCACAGCAGUGUAACCCAGCUGCAUUAUACAGUGCAUCCUAUGGACCCCAGCCUCACUACUCUCAGCCUCGCCUUGCUCCUCUCACUGCUCAGGAAGUCCAUCCAAAACAUUAUCCCAAGCCAAUCUACUCCUACAGCUGCUUGAUUGCAAUGGCAUUGAAGAACAGCAAAACGGGCAGUCUUCCCGUGAGUGAGAUCUACAGCUUCAUGAAGGAGCAUUUCCCCUACUUCAAGACCGCGCCCGAUGGUUGGAAGAACUCUGUGCGCCAUAACCUCUCCCUCAACAAGUGCUUUGAGAAGGUGGAGAAUAAAAUGAGUGGCACCUCCCGCAAAGGCUGCCUAUGGGCCCUCAAUCCUGCCAAGAUUGACAAAAUGGAAGAAGAGAUGCAGAAAUGGAAGAGGAAGGACUUGGCUGCUAUUCACAGGAGCAUGGCCAAUCCAGAUGAAUUAGAUAAACUAAUCACUGACAGACCAGAGAACUGCAGGCGGCCUCGGAAGCAGGCAGAACCUGAAGGGUCCACACGGACCCAUGUGGCAGCAGCCCAUGGCCGAAUCUCCAUCUCCAAGAUGCAGCCGCCUCCCAUGACGCUCUCUCUACAGUCCAUACCGUUGCAUCAUCAGAUCCAGAGCCAGGCUCGCAGCGCCCAGACUCCUCCUCUCCACCCUCUGCCUGACAUGAGCCAGAGUCCCCUGCCUCACCACCCAAUGAGCCGCGCACCCGCAGACUUUCUGAACGUGACUGCAGAUAUGAACGCCGAAGUGGAUGCACUGGAUCCAAGCAUCAUGGACUUUGCAUUACAAGGAAAUCUGUGGGAAGAAAUGAAAGACGACAGCUUCAAUCUAGAUACUUUAGGUGCCUUCAGCAACUCCCCUCUGCAGCUCUCAGACUGCGAGCUGGGCACGGCUGGCCUCACCCCCGUCUCAAAUGGUAGCGACUAUUCCUUCUCAGACUUGCAGGUCACAGGUCUCUACACUACUUAUGCCACGAUGGAUAAUGUAGCCUCAGCCCAGUACAUGAGUGGUCAAGGCAACAAGCCCAUUGCUCUGCUUUAAGGGUCACACCUUGGAGGAACUAAAGAACUGGUCAUAGGCCUAUUCCCUUUGAGACCUUAGGAUGUGAUCUGAAAGCUGGGAAGCAGCUCCUUCUGCAGACCCCUGCAUCAUGCAAGGUACUUACUAGAACUCCCACUGUGAUGCUAAAAUGUAUCAAGCCAGUGCUAGUCCAGCCUGUGAACACGCCUCCUCUUCCAUCUUCACCACGACCAAAAAAGGAUUUGGGCUGUUAGGAAAACAAUGGGGGAACUGGCAAAACAGAGCCCUGGGAUGCAUGUUAGGAAAACCUUUAGUAAACUAGUUCACGCACACUAGAAUCAUUGUCAUCAGAUC